UGAUUUCUAUCACUAGUGACGGACACAUCAACGGUGAUAACUUUAUUGCGAACGGCACAGCACGGGCGAGUUGGUGUAUAUAUCCAGUUAUUCCGUGUGUAUGAAAACGACACAGCACCGCUGCCUUAUCUCUCCUAUCUAAACGGACAUUGUACCUGUCAAUGGCAACAGACGGAUACAUAUCGUUCGUGCACCGUGAGUGUUCCCGCAUUCCGACGGCUCUCAUAGAGAACCAUUCGCUCUCUGCACGGUGCCUGGACCUCAGUUACAACCAGUUACGUACGUUGACUGGCAUCGAGCAUUUCACGCAGCUUCGAGAGCUCAUCCUGGACAACAACCAACUGAACGACACUGCGGAGUUUGUGCACAGCUCGCACCUCACUACACUGUCCCUCAACAAGAACUGCUUCUGCGACCUGGAACGGCUCGUGUCGACGCUGCAACAGUAUUACCCCAACCUAACUUUUUUAAGUCUGCUAGGAAACCCUGCUUGUCCCGACCAAAUCACGAAUCCGGAGAAGGACGAGGAUGAUUAUCGGAGGUAUCGGUACUACGUCAUACACAAGCUGGUGAAUCUCCGAUUCUUGGAUUCCCGUUGUGUGAGCAACGGUGAGAGACGGGAAGCUCAAAGGAUCGGAGCUUUUAUGCGGGUCGCCCGUCCGGCAGAAGGAGACGAGGCACCCGACGACGUCUAUCCUUCACCGUUCACUCAGCUGCCUUCCUGGCCGUUCACGCAAAAGAGGACAUUGUUCGGCACUCUCACGUACAAGUACACAGGGAAACACUCCGAGGGAAACAGAUUCAUCUGCAAUGACCAACUGUGAAACGCGUUUUUUUUCUUCUCUCGUUCUAGUAUACAUGUAGGCAUCAUUGGACUGCACCGAACUGAGGAAAUCUGUAAGAUAAACGUACUGUUUUAGGCAUACCGUAUAGCAUUCCAUAUACUAUAUCCAUCGUGCAUCGUAAAUGCUUUUCCUAAGCGUGAAUAUUAUUAAUAAUAAAAAUUUGUCACUACGUUG